CCACCCCCUUGGCAAUGUCUUCAGCCUGCUGCACUCCUAACUUAAGCAUUUAUUCCACUGGGAUAGAAGCGGUAGGAGCAGCGUUGGCACCGGCGAACCAUGGCUGGGAUUUUCUAUUUCGUCCUCUUUUCGUUUCUCUUUGGGACUUGCAACGCUGUCACCGGUUCCAGGGUGUACCCCGCGAACGAAGUUACCUUAUUGGAUUCCAGAUCCGUCCAGGGAGAACUUGGGUGGAUAGCGAGCCCUCUGGAAGGAGGGUGGGAGGAAGUGAGUAUUAUGGAUGAAAAAAAUACACCCAUCCGAACCUACCAAGUGUGCAACGUGAUGGAACCCAGCCAGAAUAACUGGCUCCGAACUGACUGGAUCACCCGAGAAGGGGCUCAAAGGGUGUACAUUGAGAUCAAGUUCACCUUGAGGGACUGCAAUAGUCUUCCAGGCGUCAUGGGGACUUGCAAGGAGACGUUUAACCUGUACUACUAUGAAUCGGACAACGACAAGGAGCGUUUUAUCCGAGAGAGCCAGUUUGCCAAGAUCGACACCAUCGCGGCUGAUGAGAGCUUCACCCAAGUGGACAUCGGCGACCGAAUCAUGAAGCUGAACACCGAGGUCCGAGAUGUGGGGCCACUGAGCAAAAAGGGCUUUUACCUGGCUUUUCAGGACGUGGGCGCCUGCAUUGCCCUGGUGUCCGUCCGCGUGUUCUACAAGAAGUGCCCGCUCACCGUGCGCAAUCUGGCCCAGUUUCCAGACACCAUCACGGGGGCUGAUACGUCCUCUCUGGUGGAAGUCCGCGGCUCCUGUGUCAACAACUCAGAAGAGAAGGAUGUGCCAAAAAUGUACUGCGGGGCAGAUGGUGAAUGGCUGGUACCCAUUGGCAACUGCCUCUGCAAUGCCGGGCAUGAGGAGCGGAAUGGAGAAUGCCAAGCCUGCAAAAUUGGCUAUUACAAAGCCCUCUCCACGGAUGCCACCUGUGCCAAGUGCCCACCCCACAGCUACUCUGUCUGGGAAGGAGCCAUAUCCUGCACCUGUGACCGAGGCUUUUUCAGAGCCGACAGUGAUGCUGCCUCAAUGCCCUGCACCCGCCCACCGUCUGCUCCCCUAAACUUGAUUUCAAAUGUCAAUGAGACUUCAGUGAACUUGGAAUGGAGCAGUCCUCAGAACACGGGUGGCCGCCAGGACAUUUCCUACAAUGUGGUGUGCAAGAAAUGUGGAGCUGGUGAUUCUAGCAAGUGCCGACCCUGUGGCAGUGGGGUCCACUACACCCCACAGCAGAAUGGCCUGAAGACCACCAAAGUCUCCAUCACUGACCUCCUGGCUCAUACCAAUUACACUUUUGAAAUCUGGGCGGUGAAUGGAGUGUCCAAGUAUAACCCUAGUCCGGAUCAGUCAGUGUCUGUCACCGUGACAACCAACCAAGCAGCACCAUCAUCCAUUGCUUUGGUCCAGGCUAAAGAGGUUACCAGAUACAGUGUUGCCCUGGCUUGGCUGGAACCAGAUCGGCCCAAUGGAGUGAUCUUAGAGUAUGAAGUCAAGUAUUAUGAGAAGGAUCAGAAUGAGCGAAGCUAUCGCAUUGUCCGGACAGCUGCCAGGAACACUGAUAUCAAAGGUCUGAAUCCUCUGACUUCCUAUGUUUUCCAUGUCCGGGCCAGGACAGCAGCUGGCUAUGGAGAUUUCAGUGAGCCCCUGGAGGUCACAACCAACACAGUGCCUUCUCGGAUCAUUGGAGAUGGGGCCAACUCCACAGUCCUUCUGGUCUCCGUAGCUGGCAGUGUGGUGCUAGUGGUCAUUCUCAUCGCAGCUUUUGUCAUCAGCAGGAGACGGAGUAAAUACAGUAAAGCCAAACAAGAGGCAGACGAAGAGAAACAUUUGAAUCAAGGUGUUAGAACUUAUGUGGAUCCCUUUACAUACGAGGAUCCCAACCAAGCAGUUAGAGAAUUUGCCAAAGAAAUCGACGCAUCCUGCAUUAAGAUAGAAAAAGUCAUAGGAGUUGGUGAAUUUGGUGAAGUCUGCAGUGGGCGUCUCAAAGUGCCUGGCAAGAGAGAGAUCUGUGUGGCCAUUAAGACGCUGAAAGCCGGUUAUACAGACAAACAGAGGAGAGACUUCCUGAGUGAGGCCAGCAUCAUGGGACAGUUUGACCACCCGAAUAUAAUUCACAUGGAAGGCGUCGUCACCAAAUGUAAACCAGUGAUGAUCAUAACAGAGUACAUGGAGAAUGGCUCUUUGGAUGCAUUCCUGAGGAAGAAUGACGGCAGAUUCACUGUCAUUCAGCUGGUGGGCAUGCUUCGUGGCAUUGGGUCUGGGAUGAAGUACUUAUCUGAUAUGAGCUAUGUGCAUCGAGAUCUGGCUGCACGGAACAUUCUGGUAAAUAGCAACUUGGUCUGCAAAGUGUCCGAUUUUGGCAUGUCCCGAGUACUUGAGGAUGAUCCGGAAGCAGCUUAUACCACAAGGGGUGGCAAGAUUCCUAUCCGGUGGACUGCGCCAGAAGCAAUUGCCUAUCGCAAAUUCACAUCAGCAAGUGAUGUAUGGAGCUACGGAAUCGUUAUGUGGGAAGUGAUGUCGUAUGGAGAGAGGCCCUAUUGGGAUAUGUCCAAUCAAGACGUGAUUAAAGCCAUUGAGGAAGGCUAUCGGCUGCCCCCUCCAAUGGACUGUCCCAUCUCACUCCACCAGCUGAUGUUAGACUGCUGGCAGAAGGAGAGGAGUGACAGGCCUAAAUUUGGGCAGAUUGUCAACAUGUUGGACAAACUCAUCCGCAACCCCAGCAGCUUGAAGAGGACGGGAACCGAGAGCUCCAGACCCAACACUGCCUUGUUGGAUCCAAGCUCCCCUGAAUUCUCCGCCGUGGUAUCGGUGGGCGACUGGCUGCAGGCCAUUAAAAUGGACCGGUAUAAGGAUAAUUUCACGGCUGCUGGUUAUACCACACUAGAGGCUGUGGUGCACAUGAACCAGGACGACCUGGCACGAAUUGGCAUCACAGCUGUCACCCACCAGAAUAAGAUUUUGAGCAGCGUCCAGGCGAUGCGAACCCAGAUGCAGCAGAUACACGGCAGGAUGGUUCCCGUCUGAGCCAGUACUGAAUAAACUCAAAACUCUUGAAAUUAGUUUACCUCAUCCAUGCACUUUAAUUGAAGAACUGCACUUUUUUUACUUCGUCUUCGCCCUCUGAAAUUCAAAAACAAAAACAAAAUCAAAAAAACUAUCUGCAGUGUUGCUUGGUGUACAGAAUGCUGGAAAAUGGGGCUCACGGAAAUGACCAGUGUCAUUUGAAUUCGACCUGGAACAAAUUGUUUCUCAGAAGUACUGGGUCCAUCGCCAGUUUGUAAAAUACACAUACCUGUGCAAAUAGGACUCCGCCUCUGAGUUUUGAUGCUGUACCUGCUGCCGGACACUGGGCUUUCUUGAGACAUCCUGAUCCUCACUCCAUUUGGAAUUACAACUGUAGUAUUUUGUUUGUGGCAUAAAUGACAGCCCUCCUUCUUUCACUGGAAUGUAGGGCAUGCCCAGGAACAUUUCUGAAGGACUCACUUGUGGCUAUGAAGGCUUGGCUCAUGCCAGGGGGAAGAACGCAGGUGAAAACCAGGUGGCUCAUCAGUGUUGUUCCUCAAGGCUCAGGCCACCUGGUGGAUUGUGAUGCCAUGAGGGGAUGGAAAGAAAAAGAAAGUGGAUUUAAAAAUAAAAAUAAUAAUAAUAAUAAACUCCAAGCACCCUACAUCCCUGACUGGACAAACGAGGUCUGUUUCUUUGGGCCUGAGGCUGUGCCAUAGAGUCGUAUUUUGGGAGUCUACAAACUUACCGUAACUACCUUACGGAUAAUGGACUGUGACAAUCUUGAAUAGGGAAUUUUCACACUUCCCUUCUUUAAAGAAGCAAACCCAAAUCUCCAAGCGGGAGAGAAGACCAAAACCAAUAUGGCUUCCCUACUGUUCUUCCAGGAAGAAGUGAAAUAAGAGCCAUAUUUGAUCAGGGAGUAGAUUCUGCUAUCUCGGCCUCACAGCCCUUCCUGUUGAUUACAAAGCCCACAAAGAAAACAGAACACACCCUUCUUGGUUCCUUAGAAAUGUGUUUCUUCUGCUUCUACUAUGCCAGUUCUGGAGCAAAGACAUUGAUGAAACAGCACCCAAAUACCUGAAAUAAAUAAAUCUAUGACUUUCAAAUCCCCUUUCCAGUGAAAGAAGCAGCAAACAUUCAAGGUUCGGCAUCUAUUCUCCAGUUGCACUGAGGAAUGUACUGUCUCAAAGCACCAGCUCUGCAGAACCCUUGUUCCCAAACUCCUUGUGGUUUUAUUUAUAUCUAUUUCCAUAUCUCAUUGCUGUACGUCACUGCUGCAUUGGUGUGGCAGCAAGUGACCGAAGGCAACAGGUUUUAUUAUGGACACCAGGUCAGGUGCCACCACACAACACAAAGCCAGUUCCCGUGAACUGCCUAUGAUAUGCAUUGCUGAAGUAACAUUUUACCCAGGGUGUGCCAUUGCAGUGAUAUAAAUAUAUUUUUUUCCUAGACUAAAUAUGAGCUGACUAUCUGUUUUGAUGUGUGUACAUAGGUGUGAGUGUGUGUGGAUGCGUGUGGAUGUGUGUGGUGUGUGUGUGGUGUGUGUGUGUGUGUGUGUGUGUGUAACCUCAUGCUUAGAACUGCCUGUGAAUGUCGUGGAAUGCUACACCUGAAGAGUUCUGGUUUUCCACCAGUUCUGAGAUGAAGAGCCACACAAAAUAGUGGGCUGGAGACCAUGCCCAUCCCCUUAGAAGGAAACCCAGAAAUGUUAAAUGUCUGUAUUUAUGUUGUAUUUUAUAGCUGCCACACUAACCUUAAUAAGUAAUUAUACAGCUUUGGGCAGAGCAUUUUCACCUUAGUGGUGGAGUAAUCUUAGAAUAUAAAUAUAAACCCAUUCAAGUGACAAUCCAUCUUCAAAGUCACGAUUCUGAUUGAACUCCUCAUCUGAAUCACUAGUUCCUUGAUGGAGAGAGAGAGAAGGGGAUGGAAUUUGUCUGGUAAUCCCAAA